AUGUCUUCUCAACAAUUCAUCCCACACAAUGGCAAUGUACCAAAAGUCGCUAAAGAUGCUUUUAUUACACCAGGAGUAUUUUUAAUUGGUGAUGUUGAAGUAGAAAGUAAAGCAAGUAUUUGGUUUAAUGCUGUACUAAGAGGAGAUAUGGCAAAGAUUGUUAUUGGAGAAAAUUCAAAUGUUCAAGACUGUUCUGUUGUUCAUACUUCAGUUGGAAAACCAACUAUCGUUGGCAAAAAUGUUACUAUUGGACAUUCAGUAAUUCUUCACUCAUGUGAAAUAGGAGAUGGAAGUAUGAUUGGAAUGGGAUCAACUAUCUUAGACGAUGUUAAAAUUGGGAAGAAUGUUCUUGUUGGAGCUAAUUCUCUUGUUACUUCAAGAACAGUCAUUCCAGAUAAUUCAUUAGUAAUGGGAUCUCCAGCUAAAGUUGUCAGAGACUUAAGAGAAAAAGAGUUUGAAUAUUUAAAAGAGAAUAUAAAAGAAUACGAUGAUGUUAAACAAGGUUAUCAUUUAGAACAACCACAAAACCAAUGA